ACAAUUGAUAAGUAGCCGCUGACCAACAAAUAUUUACGGGCGCUGGAAAUAAAAUGUGCGACAAACCGCAUCAUGAACCAACAAGAUCGUACGACUAUGCGUGGGAUGUAAUUUUGAAUUAGCCUCUACCCGCCCUGACCACAUAUACAGGAACUCAUUAUAAUAAUUUGCACACUAUAUUAUCUUCAUGAAAGUGGGAAACCUCGAUAAUACUGGUAGAUGCUUCUGAAUGUCGACACUCCCUCUCCAGUACCCAGGGAUAGGCGUAAACAAGUGAAAGAAGCUAGUGCGUUGUAGUAAGCUGGUUUGUUAUUGAUAACAAGCAGUGGAUCACCUGUUUAAAGCAGCCGUCCUGUUGAUCUGCUAGUGGGUAUAAGAUGGCGCAUUGGCCGAUUUGUAUUGAUAUGCCAUUGAGAAACAUCUUAUCAGCUUUAUCCAGAGGAAUCUUUGGCCCUUAUCCAGAUCGAAAGCCUUUACAACAGAAAGUUGAAAGCUUAUUUGGAGAAAGUGGUCACAACAUUGCUUGCACAUCUGUUCGCAGUGGACUAGAUUUAUUCCUUAGUGCCAUGGCAUUUCCAAAAGGAUCAGAAAUUAUUCUCACUGCAAUCAACAUACCAGACAUGAGUUACAUAAUAGAACAUCAUGGACUAAGUGUUGUACCUGUGGAUAUUGAUCUUGAAACGCUUUGUCCUAAAGAAGAACUCCUUGAACUAGCAAUUUCAGAUAAGACUGUAGCAGUUCUCGUGGCACAUAUUUAUGGGAAGUGGAUGAAUCUGGACAGUGUGGCUAGCAUUGCCAAGGCAAACAAUCUUUAUUUACUCGAGGAUUGUGCUGAAUGUUUUCAAGGAUUUAGCAGACAGGGCCAUAAGCAUUCUGAUGUGGUAUUUUUUAGCUUUGGUCUAAUUAAAAACUACACCUGUUUUGGCGGUGCAAUGAUAAUUGUUCAAGAAGAUGAUGUUUACCAAAAGAUGAGAUCCAGACUGGAGAGCUACCCUGUACAAGGGCAUUCAGGUUUUUUCCAGAAACUGCUGAAGUAUUCAUUUCUGAGUUGUAUUUUAAACAGCUCUCCAGUGCUAUUCCCCAUUCUGAAGCCUUUGUUUUAUUCUUUUGGCUUUGAUUAUAUGGAGUAUUUUAUUGGCUUAUUACGUGGUUACCCAGAACAGAUGAUGAGACAGCUACCAUUUCAACCGUCUGCAGGAUUGCUCGAAAUGAUGUAUGAAAGACUGAGUCAGUUUGAUCCAAAGGACUUUGAAAAUGCCCAGAAAAAAGGGGACUUUGUAAAAGACCGUCUUCCAGAUAAUGUGUUUGUUCCUGGACAAAAAGCAGAUUCCAAAAACUACUGGCUUUUCCCUUUAUUAGUGGAUGACCCUCCAGAAGUGAUGAAGGCACUAGAGAGAGAAGGUAUUCAUGCAUACCAAGGGGCUACACAACUCAGGACAGUGUAUCGCACGCAACAAAAAGCAAAUACCAACCCCACCUCGACAAACAAGACCUCAAAGAGAAACCCAUUUGAGCAGAAGACAAGUAGUAUUAGUGAUACUGAGGUAGCAGCAGGUAAUCAGCUACAUACCACUGAACCAAGUUUAGGUGCAAUCAGUAUUACUCCUAUGGUCCCCCAUCAUAGCUUCUCCGCAGAUGGACUAAGCCAAACCUCCAUAUCUGAGUCAAGCGAAAAGCAACCCACAAUAAGCAAGGGUUUGUCGAAGGAGGGAAGGUGUGCAGAGGACAUCUUGUACCCAUAUAAUGCAGAGUAUAUGAUCCAGCACGUGCUAUAUUUACCUGUCCAUAAAAAUGUCCCUCUGGCGUAUUUAAAGAAGAUCUGCAAGGCCAUGGAUAAGGUCAUGAAGAGCAGGGUUGGUGUCUGUUGUAAAAAUGGACAGAAGGUGUUUUUCCCUUCAAAGCUGUAAUCAAAUGAUUUUAUUGUUUAUCAGAGCACUACAUUACAAUUAAAUGCUUUGUUUUCAAAACAA